AGACAACCACCACACUGCAGCAUGCACUCAGCGUGGCCAUAAAGAGAAGAAAUUAGCUCAAAUUCUAUUUCUACAACAAAGAAGUGCUGCUCCGUAACUACAGCGAUUUUCUCUUUUCCUUGGUGGAAGUGAGGAAAUGUUUAUUGGGAACUAUUAUUUAUAGCACCUUUCACAGGAAUGUCUCGGACUUGAAGGCGAUUAUUCCCUGAGAGACUGGUGGUUAGGCAGAAAGGAUUUUAGCUGCCUCUGUGGCGCUCCCCAGGCAGACCCUCACUCGCUGAGUGAAUGUCAGAGUUGUGCAAACAGCAGGGGGAGGUGCAGCUGGGGACUCCAUGAGAAGGCAGAGCAUGCAGCUGCUUGGAAGCUCUGGCACAGCGUGCUUUCCCUGCGGUGAGCUGUGGGACGUGCGGCCAGGGCACAUUUCGGGACUGCCUUCAGAAACGCCGCGCAGUAGCAGCUCUCCUCGGGCUGAAAAAAUUCGGGAUCAUUUUAAGUCACCAGUCCAUCAGCUGCCUGCUUUGAACACAACUCGACCAGAAUAUGAAAUAUAUGCAAGCUAUUGCUACUAGGAAGACGUAACUAUGACAGAGUACUCUUGGUUUUGCAGGAUUUGAACACUCCAAAUGCAGAAAUGAUUUGGCAACUAACAUCUCAUUGGUCACCCCUGGUUGCACCCCUGAUUUUUGGUCUGCUUCUGCAAGCACCGUUCACCCAUCCUUCCACCAUCACACAGCCAAACUUUGUCCUGCUGCUGGCUGAUGAUCUCGGCAUAGGGGAUGUAGGCUGCUAUGGGAAUGACACUAUCAGGACCCCGAACAUUGAUGGCCUGGCCAAGGAAGGAGUGAAGCUGACCCAGCACAUCGCUGCAGCCCCGCUCUGCACGCCCAGCAGAGCAGCUUUCCUCACUGGCAGAUACCCCCUCCGAUCAGGGAUGGAUGCUGUAAAUGAUUACCGUGUUAUUUUUUGGAAUGCCGGCUCAGGAGGGCUUCCUCCAAAUGAAACCACUUUUGCCAAAAUACUGCAGCACCAAGGCUACAGCACAGGACUGAUAGGGAAGUGGCAUCAAGGUGUUAACUGUGAAUCCCGCAAUGACCACUGCCAUCACCCUCUAAAACAUGGAUUUGACUACUUCUAUGGGAUGCCUUUUACACUAAUAAGUGACUGUCAGCCAACAGAAACACCAGAGAUGGACAGAGCCUUCAGGAGGAAACUCUGGCUGUCCACUCAGAUGAUUGGGCUGAUUACACUCACUGCUGUCCUUGGGAGACUGACUGGCCUGGUUUCAGUCCCCCGGAGAACACUGACCUGCCUUGCUGCGUUCAGUCUCCUGUUCUUCAUAUCCUGGUUCUCAAGCUAUGGAUUUGUGCGCUACUGGAACUGCAUUAUGAUGAGAAACCAUGGAAUUACUGAGCAGCCAAUGGUGACAGACAGAACUACGUCCCUUAUCUUGAGAGAGUCCAUUUCAUUUAUUGAAAGAAAUAGGCACAAGCCAUUCCUCCUCUUUCUUUCCUUUUUGCAUUCCCACACCCCUCUCCUCACCACAGAGAAGUUUCUUGGGAGGAGCAGACACGGUUUAUAUGGAGACAAUGUAGAGGAGAUGGACUGGAUGGUGGGCCAGGUUCUUGAUGCUAUUGACAAGGAGGGAUUGAGAGAAACUACACUAGUUUAUUUUGCCUCUGACCAUGGUGGAUGGCUGGAAAGACAAGAAGGUGGAAGGCAGCUGGGUGGCUGGAAUGGAAUAUACAAAGGUGGAAAAGCUAUGGGAGGCUGGGAAGGAGGAAUCCGUGUCCCAGGGAUAUUUAGAUGGCCAGGAGUGUUACCUGCAGGCACAGUUAUUGAUGAACCUACAAGCCUUAUGGAUAUUUAUCCUACAGUAGUUCAUUUGGCUGGAGGGGAAGUUCCUCAGGACAGGGUGAUGGACGGCCGGGACCUGCUGCCCUUGCUGCGUGGAGCGGCGGCGCACUCGGAGCACGAGUUCCUGUUCCAUUACUGCGGCGUGCACUUGCACGCCGUGCGCUGGCACCAGAAGCACACUGGAGCAGUUUGGAAGGCUCAUUACAUGACUCCCAUUUUCAGUCCUCCUGGAGCUGGGGCUUGUUAUGACAGAGGAUUUUGCCAAUGCUCUGGGGAAGGAGUGGCCCAUCAUGAGCCUCCACUGCUGUUUGAGCUCUCACAAGACCCUUCUGAAGCCAAACCUCUCUCGGCUGACACGGAGCCCCUCUUUGACACCGUCAUAAGGAAGAUUGGCAGAGCCGUAGAGGAGCAUCGCAGGACCCUGACUCCAGUGCCAGAGCAGCUCUCUGUGUCCAACGUGGUGUGGAAACCGUGGCUGCAGCCUUGCUGUGGGACGUUCCCGUUCUGUUGGUGUGAUAAGGAAGGUGAUAAUAAACUUGCUGACCUAUAAA